CAGCUUGUAACUGAUUACUAGACAAACCACCAAUGUAGGACCGCGCAUAAAUGCGCCUCUGGAGUGAUUCUCCUGGAAUGACACGUUCUGUCAUUGGAGACUACAAACCUGGAAUGAUGGACAUAAUGAACGAGGAGCAGAUGGAGAACGGACUGGACUCCGAUGAUGAUCUUCAACCCGAGGAGAUACCCGAGUACCUGAAAGACAGGAGAAGAGCCAAGUCCUUACCUGCGUAUCCAGAGCAGGCGAACCUGUUCCACCAGAUCUCCCAGAACUGCAGGAAACGCGUGAAGUUCGCGGACGCGCUCGGCUUGAAUCUGGCGAGCGUCAAGCACUUCAGCACCAGCGACGAUCCUCAGAUUCCAGCCAAAGUCUUCACCAGGCUGAAGAGCUUCCCUCUCCACAAGGACCGGGAGUUCAUGGAUGACUUGUGCGUGAACAUCAAGUCCUCUUUGGCUCUGGACUAUCUGGUCCCGGCGUUCAAGACGCCCGUGGACACCGGUGACUUGGAGACGCGGCUGACGCGCUGCCGCAUCGCGCUGGAAAGCGUCACGGUCACGCAGUUUGAUGUCCGUGGGAUCAUACGCGCGAUGGGUGGGAGAGAGGUCGGGGUCAGGUAUACUUUCAACGACUGGCUGUCGUUCGUGGAUGCGCAAGCCAACCCCGUGCCCACAGAGCACAAGACGCGCGGAGAGCGCUUCUCCUUCACCAUGUACACGCCUCCUUUCUUAGGUCCGAGCGCUGCUGUGCAUUUCGCCGUGUACAUGAGGGAUGAUAACUCUGAGUUCUGGGACAACAACGAUGGGAUGAACUAUUCCCUGAAGUAGCCUACCACAGUUCGUCAUCCAGCCAGACGCGGUAUGAAGUGAUGCGCUUUUACGCAAGGAUUCAUUACGCGUUCCACCGCGCACUGUUACGUGCUCUCAGAGAGGUUAUAUAGAGUGGACUGACAUGUCCUAGUAUUGAAGUCUGCUUUAAAGAAAUAGUUUAACAAAAAUGAAAAUUCCUUCAUCAUUUAGUCACCCUCUUGUUGUUCCAAACCCGUGUGAUGGUGUUUCUUUUGUGGAAAGAUAUUUUGCAGAAUGU